GGGUGGGUGCAAUGUGAGCUGGGCACCAGUGCUUUUUAAGCCGCCUGGCCGGUGACUGCCCUGCAGCUGUGUUUAGGGGAUGGAGGCUGUGUGUCGGUUCUUGGCCGCUCUCCUGGCUCUGGGCACUCUGUGUGGGGCCGAGCCCGUCAAGUUUCGCGACUGUGGAUCUACAGUUGGAAAAGUUCUUAUAGUGGAUAUAACCCCUUGCCCCUCUAUUCCAUGUAUACUUCGCAAAGGACAAUCCUAUGCUGUGAAUGUCACCUUUACCAGCAAAACAUCAAGUCAAACAAGUGUGGCUGAGGUUCAUGGGAUCCUGGGUGGAAUUCCAAUUCCUUUUAAUAUCCCUGAUGCUGAUGGCUGUAAAUCUGGGAUUCGGUGCCCCAUUCGGAAUAAUCAGAACUACCACUAUAUCAAUUCCUUACCAGUAAAAAGUGAAUACCCAUCAAUUAAGGUGGUGGUUGAAUGGGAACUGAAGGAUGAAAAUGGCAAAAACCUCUUCUGCUGGAGGAUCCCUGUACAGAUUGCCAACUAAACUAGAUCCCUGAUUAUCAGCUCCUGUAACAGUACCCAAAAUGCAUUCAUCCACUGUGUAGCAGUUAGCAGUUUCGAGAAACUGAAUGUUCAAGAAUUGUCAAACUUGAGCAAAGACAGAAGUAUUCAUAUUAGAAUUUUUUGCACUUGUAAGUUUUUGAACAUGGAUUUUCAGACUGUGACCUGUAUUUGCCUUAACAUGAGUGGAUUAAUAAAGAUGUGAAUUACAGUGUG